GGAAAGUGAAUAAUGUCAGUAAUAAAAGAAUAUUACUGAGUUAAAGGGCGACGCGAGCGCGAGGCGAUCAUAGCCGGUUAGCGCAGCGUCCCUUGUGCGCGCCGCGCCGCGCGCCUCUCGCCGCCGCACCACUUAGCAGCAGACGUCCCGCGAGAAGCGGUCGCGUGCGGCUGGCCGCGUGGACGAGCCUGCGGCUCUGAGCUAUCGGCUCGCGUCCGUCCCAGUGACUCUGUCCCCCCACUCUCUGUCUGUCCCCGGUACCAUGGCGUCCGGCGAGGAGGACGGCUCGCUCGACGAGAAGGAGAACAACAACAAGAAGCGAAUCAGAAGCGCCCUCGCCACCGCAUGGCUCACCUUUUACAACAUCACCAUGACGGCCGGGUGGCUGGUGCUGGCAGUGGCGAUGGCCAAGUUUUACAUACAGAGGGGGACACACAAGGGUCUCUACAGAAACAUAUCUAAGACGCUGAAGUUCUUCCAGACAUUUGCAUUGCUCGAGGUCGUUCAUUGUGCAGUCGGACUGGUGCGCACCUCUGUGAUCGUCACCGGGGUCCAAGUGUCUUCCAGAAUUUUCAUGGUUUGGUUCGUCACUAACAGCAUCAGACAGAUCCAGAAUGAAGAGAGUGUUGUCCUUUUCCUGGUCGUGUGGACGGUGACAGAGAUUACCAGAUAUUCCUUCUAUACAUUCAGCCUGAUCAACCACCUGCCGUAUUUCAUCAAAUGGGCCAGAUACAACAUGUUCAUUGUGAUGUACCCGCUGGGCGUGAUAGGUGAACUCAUGACCAUUUACAGCGCGCUGCCAUACGUACAGAGGUCCGGAAUGUUCUCUCUGCGGCUCCCCAACAAAUACAACGUCUCUUUUGACUACUACAUCUUCCUCAUCAUCAUCAUGCUCUCUUACAUCCCACUGUUCCCACAGCUGUACUUCCACAUGCUUCGUCAGAGGAGAAGGGUGCUCCACGGGGAGGUGAUUGUGGAGAAGGAUGAUUAGCCUCGCAAGAACCGUACGGCCGACGGCGCUCGCUGCCACCGCCGCCACCCAACCCCUGCUGAGGAGCCCAGGGAGUAGUGUCAGAGCUGGAAUGAACAGCUGUGCCCGAAAUGACCCACACACUUCGUUUUUUAAUUUGAUUUUGUUUUUUUGUCUUCUUCUGAACACCGAAAAAUUCAGACAGACCCCAGUACACACAAAUACUGUGCGUUAGUAUGAGAAGAGAGUUAGAGAGAAGGAGAGCCGAAUGAAUAAGCAUCCAUGACAUUUAUUUCUUUCCCCCAUUUGUUUUCCAAGAGUAAAAUGGCAUAAUGAAGCAAACAAAAAAAAAAAAUAAAUAAAACCAAAUAAUGAAAUGCAUUCGCAUUGGAGUGCAGCGCCCCGUAUUUUCCUUUGUCAUGCAAAAGAAAGCGUCAUAAUCGAAAGAAAGGAAAAAAGAAACACGCCUGAUCCGUACUUGGCCUGGCUUGUUAACCAUAUUAAAAUAUUUCAUUUUCUCUACUUGAAAGUGCACUGUGCCGUAGUUGGUGCAGUGUUUUCUUCAUUAAAUAGAUAUUUUAUAUACCUUAUUAAAUCCAUAAUGUGAUUUUCUAUAUUUUUUUUCAAAAAUUUCAAGGUUGGUCUACACCAGCAGUAACUGCAUAUUGUGGUGGAAUUACACAUGAAUGGGUACACUCUUGUUACUGACUUUUGCUGCUUUUUCUUUACUUACGUAUUUGCUUCCCUUAUUAGAAAUGUUUACUGAACUCAUGGUCCGCAUGAGUCCAGCCAGUCAUCGAAAGAUUGUGCCCCUUAAAUGCGGUUAUGCAUAUAUGAAUUAAGUGCUGCGUGAAAACAGUGAUUUAUUUAUGCUCACACAUGUUAAAAUGUUUCUCAGCUGUUGUAUGAGGCAGCUGGAAAUAUACAUUUGUUAAUUAGUUCCUAUCCAGAGUUAUUAUAGUGGAAUAGUCUUAUUAUACCACGGUACGGCCAGCCUCCUCGGGUAUUUCUGUCAGCCAGGAAUAGAUGUAGGUCACCUAUAUAAUUCCUGAAUCCCAGUCUCCCAAUUUCCCAACAUACAGAGCCACACACAGUAACAGGCAGUGAUUUAUCCUCAAGGUUCCUCUAACAGGAGGAAAUGUUAUGUAAAUGAAAUCUUACUGUGUACAGUAUGCUGCUUUGUUCAUUUGUUUGUCAACUUUUGGUGUUCAGGAUUAAUCUGAAUUUGGUGCAGGAUGCCCUCUCUCUAUGUGAAAGGUGCUACUCUGUAAGAUAAUUUACAAUUUCCCUUGCAGCUCGACACGCAGCUGCGGGAAUCUUUUUUUUUUCUUUUUUUGACCAUGAAGAGUUGCGUAUCCAAUGUGAAGACUGGCUAAAUGCACUGGAAGGUGGUUGCAAGUGUGUUUAAAUGAGCCAACCAUUUAUUUUGCAUCAGGGCUUGGGAAUGAAAAGAGAAAACAAU